AUGUAUACAUCCUCUGCUGCUCAAAAAGCCAAGAGACGCACACAUACCCGCCCUGAACUUACGGACGAACAGAAACAAGAAAUUAAAGAGGCUUUUGAACUCUUCGACACGGACAAGGAUGGAUGUGUUGACUAUCACGAAUUGAAAGUCGCGAUGCGAGCCCUAGGGUUCGACCUGAAGAAGGCUGAAGUGCUGAAACUUCUCCGAGACCAUGAUAAAGAGAACUCUGGCCUAAUGGACUUCCAGGAUUUUGCCAAAAUCAUGAGCGAACGGAUAUUAGAACGUGAUCCAAUGGAAGAGAUUCGUCGAGCUUUCAAACUGUUCGACGACGAUGGAACGGGCAAGAUUAGUCUGAGAAAUCUCAGGCGUGUAGCCAAGGAGAUUGGGGAUAGAUUGGAGGAUGACGAAUUAAAAGCUAUGAUUGACGAAUUCGAUCUUGAUCAGGAUGGCGAAAUCAGUGAACAAGAGUUCUUCGCCAUCAUGACAGACGAUGCGUAA